GUCACCACUGGUAGAAUCCUUUUCGCCCAACCACGGACCUAUUUUUGGUGGCACGUUACUAGAGGUCAAAGGUCAGUACCUGAGAUCCGGCACCAACAGAAGAAUCUCAGUGGCUGGUAUCAAGUGUGUCAUACAAGAUACCUCCCAAAACAUGUAGGAUAUUUUAUUCUUUACUCGAAAUCCAUUAGAAAUGUUAGGGUUUUCAGUAUAACUUUUUUCAACAUUGUUUGAAAAUUUCUAUUUUGUUAGUUUAAACUCUCUUUAUAUUUUUAAAACUAUAUUUUUUUACACAUUUUUAGGUCAUUAUUUUGUUUAUUACCUUUAUUUAAGAAUAUUUGACAAGUUUCUUAUUUUCCUAACCGGGCCUAUGGCAAAUCUUGUAGACGUAAAUUUGUAAACUAUAGAGCUACAGUAAAAGUCGCUGGUUACAACUGCCCUAUAACAUCUUUAUAUUUUGGAAGGUUAUUUUAAUUCAAGUUUGCAUUUUCAAAUUUGCUUGACACAGAUCUCGAAGAAAUUAAAAUUUAAUAGGGUGUUGUGAUAGCUCAAUCGCUUCUUAAUUGUUUGUGUUGUGACGUCAUGCACAUCAAUUUUUCUAACAUCAUUGUUACAGCUUAAUCCUUGCUUAAUUCCCUGUGUUGUUACUUUAGGCGCAUCCUUUUUGUCAAGGGUAUGAGAACCACUGUUGUUAUGUGUAGAGCAUUGUUGCCAUCUUUGAUCGUGAUACGUGUAGCUGUAUCGUUUGUGUGAGAGUGUUGUGACGUAAUUGUGUAAUGGGAAGUGACGUGUUAGUUUUCGUUGUUGUUAGAGAGGAGAGAUGGCCGUUGUGCACUAUUCAAGACAUAGCUUCCUGUGUGAUGUUUCUAUGUGUGAGGAUUUCAACUAGAUAUAUUGUGAAGUUGAACGGUUACAAGCUGUAUAGUGAAGUACACUGAUUGUCAUGUUGAAGAGGCAUAUUAAAUUUAUAUAUUGUAUCGAAGCGUGGAGUGUUUGUUGAUUUGGAGACUAUUACUAUUGGUUGUGCUGUUCGGUGAUCAUGUGGGAGACUUGGCUGGAUGAAUAGACACUCAUUACCAUGAGUGGAUGAUUUGCAACACAACAGAUACAACGUCUCGACAAGUUUCUACCGUCACUGUUAUAGCUCAAUAGCUGUUUAAUUUACUGUGUUGUGACGUAAUACACGUGUUAUUUUCUCAAGUUACCCACCUCAUGUAUUCGUUCACUAAACAACAACUGCAUCAACAUCAAAUAUUAUUUUCAUUCAAUACUGACGCGGCCUGGUAUAUUUUCAUUAAUAAUUUAGAAUCUCAAGAAGUAUGUCUAAUAAAUAGACGCUAUAAAUGUAUAAUUUCAUGAUAUCUGUCCAGUGUGAUAGCGCAUUAUUCUCAUUGCAAAUUAUUAGGAUUUUUUUUUUAAAGCAGACUUUUCCCCUCCUGUACAGAGGUAGUCUUUAGCUAUAUAAUUAUUGACGCUAGUAACGUGUUAAAAAAAAACAAUGUUGAUUACUCUUUCCACCUCUUAAAACAUGUAACAGGAAUUCACUCAGAUGUCAAACCGGAAAACAUCAGAGCGGAAAACGUCUCAGCGGUGUCGUGACAGUUCACAUUGACAAGUUUCAACAGAACGUUUCUAAAACAAAUUUCACUUAUAAAAAAAAUCCUGUCAUCAUGAGUAUCAAGCCCGGCAACAUGUUACAAAGGUAACACAACCGUGGGUAGAUAUGUGUUCAUUUGCAACAUAAGCUGUAUAAUUUUUUUUUUCCAUUUACAAAUAAAACUUUGGUGUUAAAUAGUGGACAACAUGGAUGUAUUAUCAAAUUGACUAAUCUGUGACAAGUUUCUUUAUUUUUUUUUUUUUUUAUUUUUUUUUUUUUUUACAUUUACAAAUAAAACUUUGGUGUUAAAUAGUGGACAACAUGGAUGUAUUAUUAAAUUGACUAAUCUGUGACAAGUGCCUUUAUUUUUUUAUUUUUAUUAUAUUUUUUUGGGUGAUGGGUGUAUAAAAGGUUUAUUAAUUUGCACGCUAAUCAAAGAUGGGUAUGUUUGAUGCCAUUCUGACAUUAACUGCGAUGUUAUCAUUGUUGCUAUCCCAUCUUCCAACAGCGGCGGUACGAAUGUCAUUGUCACAGGGGCGGACCUCUCCAGCGCUGCAUUCUCAGAACUUGUUAUUUUCUACAAUGACACUUUCGACAACAAGAGUUUUGUAAGUUUAGAAAAUUUGCUUCUACUAUUGCUCCCUUACGGUCCUUUCGUUUAAAAAUAGAUAGCUGAAAAUUAAAUCUUAUUAAGUUAUCAGGAAAAAAACAGUCCAAAUAUAUUAAUUGUAUUGAUUUUAAAGGACGAUACAGACCAACUACAUUAACUGUAUUGAUUGCAAGGAAAGAAACAGACCAUAUCGAUUAAAGGUAUUGAUCUUAAAGGAAGAACUUAUGGGGAAGGGGUAGAAGUGGGGCUGAAAAUUUUGUGUGUGUUGUCAUCAGCAACGAGUCUAUGUGCGAGGUUUCAGCUCGAUAGGUUGAUGGGAAGUGGGUCAAUAAGCCAUCCUAAAAUUUUCCCUCCCAGCCAGAAACACACGAAUAAAAGUCAAGUUGAUAUAAAGUUGUUAUGUCUUUUUUUUUUUAAAUUAAGGAUGUAAAUUAGCAUUUACAAUGUAUGAGACACUGCGUUCAAGUUAUAUCAUGGUACUAUUUUUUGGUUGUCGUGUCUUUACAAUUUCAAGCUUUGGCAUAUUUUUUCUACUAUGUAAAUUACUAAUUCAACGAGUAUGUGUUUUUUUUUUCUGCCAGUUCGCUAAGGGUCAGUGCUUCAAUAAAAACAACACCACCCAGAUGAGAUGUGUCACUCCAAAUGUUUACGACAUCACGUCACCAUAUUUCACAAGGCAUCCAGCAGCCGUUCAAGUCGAAGCCCAGGUGUCCAUUGAAAUGGACGGCCACGACAUGGUUGUUUCAGAUGUGUCUCUAUCCAAGAAGUUAAUGAUCCAUAUUGAUCCCGAUUUCACUUCACAAGAUGCCAGUCUCUCGUUCAAAAAUCCAAAUCUUACCUUAUGGGUAAUUUACGAAUUAUUACUCAGAGAUUAAGAACGUUACAAUUUAGACUUUAUUACAAAUAUAAUGCACGAUGAACGCUAAUUUUUAGACUUAUUUUAGAAUUAAUACUCACAAGAAAUCUUUUCUCAUGGAACUUUGAUAUAGUCUAUUGAUAGAGGUUUAUUGUGUUGUAGUAGAAUAGAAGCAUAUUGUGUUGUAAUGUAUAUUUAUAAAAUUGAUGUCAUUUUACAACAGAAUUGCAAUUUGGUGUGUAACUUUUAGAAACUCGUGGUUUUUUUUAGUAUUUCCAAUCAGCUUUUUUAAAAGUUUUUUUAAAUCCGUAUUUUUAAAAUACGUCUAUUCGAUAAAUUUUGUUUUUUUAUUAUUAUUAUUUAUUUAUUUUUGCUUUCACUAACACAAAUUUUAGUCCCUAAAACAUACAACACGAAGCGACUGUUGAGAUUGUGUGUUUUUUCUUUGUAAGAAAAACAGUAAUUAAAUUGAGAAAAAAAUAUUAUCUAAAUUUCCACCAAAAUGUCAUCUAAAUUUUCAACAAAAUGUGCUCUACAUUUUCAUUGUGCAGGGCAAGAACCUACCUGUAUGGAUGGAUAAGCACGAAAUCAAAGUAAAGGUCGGUGUCGUCCCUUGUCCAGUAAAGGUGAUUUUCACCGGCCAUUUGGUGUGUAACGCUCAUAAUCUUAUUGAGAAAGUCAGACGUGAAAAAAAUCAAACGAAAUUGACAGACACUAAAGGGGACACAGCAGACAUGACUACAGUAUGGUCUACAACGAAUAAACCAGUGGACAGCAAGCCUAAUGCUGUGGACAUACGAGGCCGACAGUCUACAACAAAUACUUCCAUUCCUGAAAACAUCACUGCCGACACAAAUGCGCACCAUUCUAACACCUCCAC